AUGGCGAGCGUUGCCGGAGUUGGCCUGUCGUGGAGAUCGAACCUCUCCGUCUGUCCAUCGUCGAAGCCCUCUCCCUCUCAGGCGAACUGCCGCGUUUCCUCCGUGGUGAAGAUGUCCGUCUCGGUCGAGAAGUCCUUCACACUGCAGAAGUCCGAAGAGAUUUUCAACGCCGCCAAGGUAUUACCUCCCUCUCCUUCCUCCUCGGAUUUCUUCUUUUUCCCAUUCCGACGGAGACCGCCUCGUGGGAUGGCUCGUACGCUUCGGAGCUUCGGCCCUGAAGAAGCAGUUCCUCCGGCUAAUCUUCUGCGCGCUGGCCUUCAAUGCCUGGCCUCAGCCACCUUCCUACCUCGCCGGAUUGCAGACAAAUACGAGAUGCACUGUUUUCUCGCUUCCAAGGAACGCAUCGCUCAUGGGUUCUUUACGGACUCAGUCCGUUGCUUAUCUCUCCGGAAUCAAAAGUCAUCGACAUCAGAAUCUUGAUUUCAUAUUAGCAUCUACAUAGAUGGAGUGCGAGUUUGGGGGAAAGAAGGUGGGGUUUCCUCGUUCACGCACCAAAGAACGCCAUCUUCGUCCUCAGCUUGCUUUGAAUUGCUGUGUAUUUUUUCAUGCGACUCCCGUGCUGUGCUGCUACUGUGGUUCUAGGAAUUGAUGCCUGGAGGUGUAAACUCGCCCGUCCGUGCCUUCAGAUCGGUGGGCGGGCAGCCUAUCGUGUUCGAUUCCGUCAAGGGCUCCAGAAUGUGGGAUGUCGAUAGCAACGAAUACAUCGAUUACGUUGGUUCCUGGGGCCCCGCGAUCAUCGGCCACGCUGAUGACAAGGUACCUACCCGCUUCGCUCCCUCCGUCAAACCUCUCUGGCUCGAAACUAGAGAGAUUUUAAUAGGUGGGCAUCCAAGUUUCUCUGUGUUCUGCCCAUGAAUGGGCAGCGGAAGGAAGACUGACAGCCUUGAGUCCUGAAUCUCGAUGCGCUCUCAGGUGAACUCGGAGUUGAUUGAGACUCUGAAGAAGGGGACGAGCUUCGGGGCGCCGUGCCUGCUGGAGAACGUCCUGGCGGAGAUGGUGAUCGAGGCAGUGCCGAGCAUCGAGAUGGUCCGAUUCGUGAACUCAGGCACCGAAGCCUGCAUGGGAGCGAUCCGCCUUGCCCGGGCCUUCACCGGCAGGCAGAAGAUCAUCAAAUUCGAGGGCUGCUACCACGGCCACGCGGAUUCCUUCCUCGUCAAAGCCGGCAGCGGGGUCGCCACCCUCGGCCUCCCCGACUCCCCCGGCGUGCCCAAGGCUGCCACCUCGGAGACGCUCACCUCCCCCUUCAACGACCUCGAGACGGUGAAGAGCCUCUUCGAAGCGCACCAGGGGGAGAUCGCCGCCGUGAUUCUGGAGGCGGUGGUGGGGAACGCCGGCUUCAUCACACCCAAACCCGACUUCCUGAGCCCCCUCCGGGAGAUCACACGGGAGCAUGGUUCUCUCCUCAUCUUCGACGAGGUGAUGACCGGAUUCCGCCUGGCCUACGGCGGCGCGCAAGAGUACUUCGCCGUGAAACCGGACCUGACGACGCUGGGGAAGAUCAUCGGCGGAGGCCUUCCCGUCGGCGCCUACGGCGGCAGGAGAGACAUCAUGGAGAUGGUGGCUCCGGCGGGACCCAUGUACCAAGCCGGCACCCUGAGCGGGAACCCCUUGGCCAUGACCGCGGGGAUUCACACUCUGCGCCGCCUGAAGAGCUCGGGGUGCUACGAGUACCUGGACAAGAUAACCGGCGACCUCGUCAACGGGCUUUUGGAAGCCGGCAGAGAUGCGGGCCACGAGAUCUCCGGCGGGUUCAUCCGCGGAAUGUUCGGUUUCUUCUUCACCGAGGGGCCCGUCUACAACUUCGAGGACGCGAAGAAGAGCGACACGGCCAAGUUCGGACGGUUCUACAGGGGAAUGCUGGAAGAAGGAGUCUACUUCGCCCCGUCGCAGUUCGAGGCCGGCUUCACCAGCUUGGCGCACACCGCCCAGGACAUCGAGCAAACGGUAGAGGCCGCCAAGAGGGUCUUCCGGCGCCUCUAG